CAAUGCAAUGCAAAGCCUUUAUUGGCAUACAUGAUGGGAGCUAUAUGGCCAUGGUCUGGGUUCUUCCAGUCAUCAGGCGCCAUUCCUCACACCCACCUUCCUCCGCCCCCCUUUACGGAGCCCCUUCCCUCCAUUCCUCUUCGCCCACCCCGGGGGCUUGGUCAGGGUUUGACCUCGCCUUGGAAACCAGGAGAGGGCGGAGGAGGCCGGUGCCCGCCCUGUUGGUUCCUGCCAACUCGCAGCUGCCGCCGCCGCUCCGGGGGCGCCCCAGCCAGGCGAGGGAGGGGCCGCGGCGGAGAUGCUGCCAGCGGCGUCCAAGUAAAGCAAGAAGCCGCGCCCGGCCAGGCGGAGACCUCGGGAGAGCCCCUCCGCGCCCGCAGUCACCCCCAACCAGCCACGAUGGAGGACGCCGACUACGAGAACGGGGAGGACUUCAACAAAAGCGCCACGUGUGACAGUUUAAUAGACAUGGAACAUUAUCUGCAUUACUCACUUGCUCCAUCUGUUGUCAUCAUUCUAAUUCUGGCCUGCCUUGAAAAGCGACUGAGAAGAUGGAGCAUCGAUAGAAAACUGAACAAACUAUAUGGACGUGGAGGGAUUGUGAUACCCUUUGAUUUUGUGAGUAUGUUCUCCAAUCGAUGGUCAUUUGGUUUUGCAUUUGGAGCUACUGCUGACAAAUUGAUGUUCCUGUUUGAUCAAGAUUUUCCCCAACCAGAAAUGCCUUCCUUGGUUAGAGUCUUUUGGGUUAUGCUCAUCACCAUUGAAGUGGGCCUCUCCUCAUAUCCUUUCUUUGCCUGUCUGUCGACUUCUUACCGGAAAACUGGAGCCAUACUAGGAUUUCUGUAUACGCUGAGCUGGUUAAUAGUCAUGCUUAUAGAUAUCGUGCAGUGCCCCAAUGGACCAAUUGAUGGUUUUCAUGAGUAUAUGAAUGUAAUUCUGUUCUGGCCUUCGUUGGUGUGUCAGUUUUUCCUGCUCGGCCGAUUUCUUCACAUCUUGGUGGGAUCGUUACGAAUCUGUAGUAGGCAGGCUGUUCUAAAUGAAGAAACUAAUUUCCUUGAGGUUCACCAAAUUCAACAUGUCCAGCAUCUGCUGAAGAAGCCGCCACCACAGCCACCUCAGAAAUCCUGGAUUCGGCGAAAAUUGUAUGAAUGGGACCCUUAUUUUCGAUUCCCAAGCCGAAUGAUCAGCACGAUGGUGGUUGUCCUCAUCUGCCUUUAUAUGACUGUUAUGGCUGAGGUGAUGGUUUAUAGGUUUUUUAAAGGACUCAUCACAGGAUCUGCACCAAAUGCUGAGCUCCUUGCAGCUGGUUUCAACGCAACGGAAUUAUUCAGUACAGUGCAAGAAUUUUUUAAAGUUGCUGAAGGUAUCUGGGUAACCGCCACCGUUACUUCUGCUCUGACAUGUGUCACAUAUGUGUUCCACAUCUUAGUCUGCUACAGAAAACACAUGAAGAGGUUGCGGGUUGGCAAUAAGGAGUUUCUUUUAACAGACAUUUCCACCGUUUCACAUUCUUUAAGUGCGGUGGCACUGGCAAGAUAUUCUUCUUGGCAGAUUGCAUACACACUGUGGGGGUAUCUCCUGAUGCAUGUGGUGCAGUGGGUGGCUGGCAUGGUUUUCACAUACACUGUGAUUCUACCCAUGGUCCAUGGCCAGUGGAAACAACUUUUGGACAAGUGGGGAAUGGCGAUCCUCACCUUUGUCCUUGUCAUGCUGAUCAAGAAGCUUCAGCUUUACAUGGCAGCGUGGUUCUUUCUCCAGCCCAAGAUUUCACCAGAAGACAAGCAAAAACCACUGGCCCUUGAUAACAGAAAGGCAUACCAGAACUUCACCUAUUUUCUGUUCUUUUACACUGUGGUGAUUGGCCUGUUUUCCUGUCUGAUGAGGCUGUUGCGCAGCGUUGCUGUGGGUACCUGGCUAAUUGGACGCAUAGACAGGACGGUCAUGCCCAAAGGUUAUGAAGCCUGGGAUACGGGGUUCAAGACAUGGGUUGGUAUGCUGCUCAUGGAUCACUACCAUACGAAUCCCUGCCUUGUUUUCUUCUGCCACAUCCUUGUUACUAGAAACAAAGAAAAAGAGCAUCACAUUGACGGGACUAAGCUGAUGGGAACAGAUCAUAAGGUGUCCCUCAGAUCCAGGACAAGAUGGCUGCUGCUGUACACGUUGCUGAACAACCCCAGUCUUAGGAAAUUCAGGAAGCCAAAACCAUGGCCUCAGGCUGUGGAUUUCCCUCUGAACUAUUCUGCCUGAUGAGCUCUGCAGCUGAAAUGGUGCCACAGAAGGCCAUAGAACAGACACUCAGAUUGGCAAGACAGUGAAUUAUGAUUGGAGCAAGACCUGCAGGGAACCUGACCUUUACCCCACUAAGAGUGGGAAGCAGGGACGUCCAAGUGAUACCAUCAAAGGUCCCCAAUCUUUUUGGACCUCUGAGUGCUUUUUGGAUUUUGAGAACAGGUGUUGCACACCAUUGGGCUGCUGUACAGCAAACCACAAAAUAGUUGCCAUGGAGGCUACAUUUAAUGACAAAAUAUUUGAAGAAAGUGUUUUCCUGUGAUGAAGUUGGAUGUUUCCCAAUUGAGUGUACCCUGCAGACACAUAGGAGAUGCUUCCUGGGCUUGUCUGAAGCGCAUUCUUCAACAGCAUGUUGGAGGAAACCCCAGAAGGAGCUUUUUGCCUUAAGGAAUGGAUGCUUUGGAGGAUGAAUGCAGUGGGUGCCCAUAAACACAUCAGUGGGUGUCAUAGAGUCCAAUAGAUUCUGUGCUGGGGAUCACCAAGUUUAGGGCUACUUGCUGACCUCUUGCUUAUAUUGUUUUCCAAACUGAUUGUGUGGAAUGAAAAUCAGAGGCACUAAUCAAAGCAGGAAUGAGUCAAUAUUGUGCCAGAAACUGACAUGUUCAAAUACAGGAAUAUACGACACUGUCUUAACCUGACAGGUAAUUAGAAACAGAAUGCGUUGCACUCUGCCGCUCAACUGUUUCCUUCGUGUGCAAAAACCAUACAUUGAUGAAGACAUACAAAAGUGAACACAGUGUUCAAGUGCUACAUGACAGUGCUAUAGCAUGAAAAACAUAUAUACAUGUCUAUCCAGCACAAUAAUAUUUGUUACGCUUUCCCUUUAAGAAGAUCGAAGUCCGCUCCUUCAUGUUGACAGACGAACAGAGAAUCUGAAAUGGAUGUAGAGACUCAGUACAAAACGCAGAAUCUGUUAAGGAAUCAUGUGUACAAAUGGGAAUAUUGUGCUGUAUAGACACGUAUAUAUAUAUUUGAUGUUAUAGCAUUGUUGUGUACCACUUGAACACUGUUCACUUUUGCAUGUCUUCAUUGAUACAUGGUUUUUUGCACGUAUGCACUAAGUAAAUAGUUGAGUGGCAGAGUGCAACGCGUUCUGUUUCUAAUUACCUAAUUGUUACGUUGCACUCGCUCCUGUUUUUUUCCCCACUGUCUUAACCUGAGUCAGGCAACUGAUCUUUAAAGGCCAAUGUAAUCUACACAAACAGACUCUCUGGAGUUUCAGAUGGAGAUCUUUCUUAUAAUCUACUACCUAAUUGUUUAUAGGUAGAGGUGCUAGGGUCUGAACCUGGGAUGAUUAGCAUGAAAAGCAAAGCAUGUGCUCUAUUAGCCAUUGCAUUGCCUCAAGGAAGAGGGGUACAAAAGAUAUGCUUGCUGAAAAUUGGCUCUUGUGUGCAAUUUUUUUAAGCACCCGUGUUUCAUUCUGGUCUCUGCACACCAUUAGAACUGGAAUUCAGGUAAGGGAGACAUUCACUGCCUCCUGAUAACUUGAUAACCUGUGACAAGACAAGGUGAUUUGGGCAAGGUGAUUACAAGAGCUGUGGCUCACCAACUCUAGGUCGUCUUAGACAGUUCAUCUGUUCUGUGCCCUUUCUAGUCUGAUGACAAGUUAUAGGAUAAGAGAUGGCACUGGUGGCUUCAGUUUGUGGCCUCUAUCUUUGUUGUUCCUUCUAGAUUUAUGUACAGCUUUUGAAACAAUGGCCGUACCAUCUUGUUGUAAUGUUUAGAGGCAUAACUAGGUUUUGAGGGUUGUGUUUUUGGAUUGGUUUAAAUAAUUUCUGAUGAACCAAACCGAGAGGCUUGCCAUUCAACAUCAAUGGGAUUUGUCCUUUUAUCCCCUGUGCUUUUCAGUCUCUAAGUAAAGCCAUUAAUAGAUAUAAUUUCUGGAUUUGGAAUUAGGUGCCAUCUAUAUACCUCUAGCUGGAUGUCCUGGUGAUGUGGUGGAGGUAUUGAGCUACUGCCUGGCUGCUUUGGCAAAAUGACUAAGAGUUAACAGAUUAAAACUCUGUCCCAACAAGACAAAGACAGUGCUGGUUGAGAAGUCUGACGCCUUGAAGGACAUUGUGCUUCCCAUCUUCGGUGGGGUUCAGCUGACCCUUGUCCAAUGGGUACAACAUGACUGCAGGAGAAGCAAAUGAAUGCAUCUGCAAACCCCCCCCCCAUUUUCCUUUCAGUUUUGUUUAACCUUGAAGAUGCCCCCUCUCCAGUCUGGGCACCUGGAUCCAUCUCUUUCUUAUGGUGCCACCCAUCUAACUUUGAAUGGCCGGGCAAUCAAAGCAGGGCCUCCAAAGAUGACCAAAGUUAAUGGGUAUGUGGGAGGAGGCAGUUUUAAAGGCAUAUUGGUCCCAGGCUGUACGGAGCUUUAUCGGGAAUAUAACUGGAGUUUCAUCAAAAAGAACUAAGUAGAAUUGUAACCAUCUGCCACAUGAGGGACCAUCUUUAUUUUAGAAAGCUCUGCUUGGGGUCCUAGUAUCUACCUAACAGAACUAAGUAGGCACUAGGAUCCAAGUGGAGCAUUCUAAAACAAAGAUGGUCCAGCACAUGACAGAUGAAGUUGCAAUUCUACUUAGUUCUUUUUGUUGAAAAGGGUACAUGAAGAGUAAGUAUUAUUAUCUGUUUACUUUAUGUAUUAUAGGGCACUCGCUGCAUUGUUUCCUACUCAUGUUGUACCAUUUUCUGUGUUGUUUUGACACAUCGUGUACUACUUUAUACUUUAUUUCAGAUUUCUGUAAUCUUUGUCCUUUUACAGUGUGUAUUCAUCCUACUGAUUGUGUUGGUUUACACUGUGCAGCCUGCCUUGAGUUUUGAUGUGAAAGGAGGGCUAUAAAUAAAAAAAUGGAAAGUU